GUAAGCAGACUUCUGACCACAUUGCAUUGAUCAUAGAAGAGGAUCCAGAGAAAAAGAAGAAGGAUAAGACAUUGAAAAGGAGACAGAAAGAAACUCCAAACCUAGCAACAUUGCAGAUUUAUGAAGGAGACUUGGAGAGUGAAUUUAAUAACUUUGAGGACUGGGUGAAAACUUUCCAGCUCUUCAGAGGAAAAUCUAAUGACGAAGUUCAUGCUGACUCUGAAGACAGAAUAAUAGGAAAAUUUAAGGGUUCCUUCUGCAUAUACCCAAGUCCUGAGGAUGGCAGCUUUCUGGAUGGAGGGCAGCCCCGCAUCCUGCAAGGGAUACCACCAAACCACUCCGUCAAAGUCCUCAUCAGGGUUUAUAUUGUGGCAGCAUUUAACCUCAGCCCGGCUGAUCCAGAUGGCAAGUCAGAUCCCUACAUUGUGCUGAGACUGGGCAACACAGAAAUUAAAGACAGGGAAAACUACAUCCCCAAGCAGCUAAACCCAGUAUUUGGAAGAUCAUUUGAAAUCCAAGCUACAUUCCCCAAGGAUUCCUUGCUCACAGUCCUGAUCUACGACCAUGACUUUGUGGGAACAGAUGAUCUCAUUGGAGAGACUAAAAUUGAUUUGGAAAAUCGUUUCUACACCAGGCAUCGAGCUACCUGUGGGUUGCAAAAUAAAUAUGAAAUAGAAGGGUACAAUGCAUGGCGAGAUGCAACCAAGCCAAGCGAGAUCCUCACUAAGCUGUGUAAGGACUACAGAAUAAGUGGACCUUUCAUGAGGCCAGGGGAGAUACAAGUAGGAACAAAAGUCUUCAAGGGACAGACAGUCUUCACAGAAGAUGAGAAUGGUAAUGAAGAGCCAGUUGAAUCGUAUGAACAUCUCUCCUUAAAAGUUUUACAUGCUUGGGAAGAAAUCCCUGGAGCUGGAUACAAACUGGUCCCAGAGCACAUUGAGACUCGGCCUCUCUACCAUAAGGAUAAGCCAGGCAUGGAACAGGGUCGUGUACAGAUGUGGGUUGACAUGUUUCCUAAAGAUAUGCCUCUGCCAGGACCCCCAGUGGACAUUUCACCAAGAAAACCCAAAGGCUAUGAACUGAGAGUAAUAAUCUGGAAUACAGAGGAUGUAAUUCUAGAAGAUGAAAAUAUCUUUACGGGGCAAAAAUCAAGUGAUAUCUAUGUAAAAGGAUGGAUAAAGGGCCUGGAAGAGGACAAGCAGGAGACAGACGUACAUUACAACUCCUUGACAGGAGAGGGCAACUUCAACUGGCGCUUUGUGUUCCCAUUCCACUAUCUCCCAGCAGAGAAACAAAUGGUGGUUAGUAAAAGAGAAAACAUAUUUUCCUUGGAAAAGACAGAGCGCAAAAUACCCGCUGAGCUGGUGCUUCAGGUGUGGGACUUUGAAAGACUGUCUUCAGAUGAUUUCUUGGGCACCCUUGAAUUGAACCUGAAUGGAUUCCCUCGAGCAGCAAAGACAGCCAAGAGCUGUGACCUAGGCAUGGUUGUGGCAGCAAGCGAAGAAAACAAGAUCUCCAUAUUUCAACAGAAGCGUGUCAGAGGCUGGUGGCCUUUCAUCAAGGCUGGGGAGCUCACGGGCAAGGUGGAAGCUGAAUUUCACUUAGUCACAGCAGAAGAAGCUGAGAAGAAUCCGGUAGGCAAAGCUCGAAAGGAGCCUGAGCCUUUGGAAAAACCCAA